ACUGUGCGAUGAUCGAUAAUAAUAAUAAUAGUUGGAAGGGACCUUGGAGGUCAUCUAGUCCAACCCUAUACCAUUUUAGACAAUUGGCUGUCCAAUCUCUUCUUAAAUUGAGAUUACUUUUCCUUAUGUAUAGUCCUCUGCAUGAAAUCAGAAACAUUCAACAGGAUUGACAGCCAAAAUUGUCCUGAACAUUGCUUUCAAAUGUUGUUUUUUUUUUUGCAAAAAUAUGAUAUAAUAAAAAGAAAUUUGUUCUUUUAAAAUAUUUAUAAACAAUUGUAACAAGACUGAAAUACUCCAUUCUGCAAAAAUUAAUCAAAUGUUUAAAUAGAAAUUCUGUUCUGAUUCCAUACAAACUCCUACAUUCCAACCUAGUUAGCAGAAUAUUGAUCCACACAGAAGCAGGAUUAAGUUUCUUUGCAAGCGAAAUCUGUACGUAAGAAUUCUUCAAAUCUCUAUUGGUAGGGUACUCCAGGCAUUAUAGGUUCCCCAGGACCCGUAGGAAAUGAUGGACCCCCUGGGCCUCCGGGUCCACCUGGCAACCUUGGCCCCAAAGGCCCAGAAGGAAUUCAAGGGCAGAAAGGUGAAAGAGGCCCUGCAGGUGAGAGAGUUGUAGGAGCGCCAGGACCACCGGGCAUGACUGGAGAAAGGGGAGACCAGGGAAAUCCAGGGCUUGAUGGCUUAAGAGGAGAAAAAGGAGUACCUGGCAUGACGGAAGAAGAGGUCCGACAAUUUGUCAGGCAAGAGAUGAGUCAACAUUGUGCUUGUGGAAGCCAGUUCUCUGUUUCUGAACGGCGUAAUCUCCCCAAUGAUCCAUCCAACCAGCCAUACUCACCUGUUAAAGCUCAAAUAAUCCCUGUGCUUAAACUGUCCCAUGCUGAGGAAGAGGAAGGGAGCCAGGAACGAAACAUAUUGAAAUUAAGUAAGCCUGAAUAUGAGUAUGUCUACACAGAGGAAGACUAUGAAGAGGGCCUGGUAGCAGAUGGGACUGAGACUCCUAUGUUGAGGGAUGCUGACCUGUGCACCUUGCGUCUGGAACAGGGCCAGUGCAGCAAAUACACCCUAAAAUGGUACUAUAACCAGAGAGUAUUGGAAUGUCGGCCCUUUCUCUACAGUGGCUGUGGGGGAAAUUCCAACCGCUUCAGCUCCAAAGAGGACUGUGAGCUUUACUGCAAGCCCCAGGCAGAUAUAGUUAAUGGCACAGUGGAUAGAAACCAAACUGUAUAAAUGUUGAAGUGAGUUUGGAGAGCUGAUGUACUGAAAAAAGGAAGAGUUGCAACCAUUUAGGCUUCCUGCCAUUCUUAUCAUGCAUAAGGUCUUAGAUAUAUGCCUGGCAAGCAUUUGACCUGAGAAUCAUCUUGCUGCCUUUUGUACUGCUUGCAACACAGGUGCUUGUGGGUGCAUAUGUCUAUACGAGUGUGUGUGUGUUUAUGCGUACAUCGUUUGUGUGUGGGCUGCUUCAGCUGGAGCAGAGAAAUGGUGCUAUUUCUUUUUUUUUUAAAAAAAAGUAGUUUUGUUGCUCUUGGUUUAUUUUUUUAAAUUAAGGUGCUUUUUUAAUCGAAUGGGAAAUAUAUGCAUAUCAUCUUUUAUGUAUAAUGUAAAGAAAAGACAUAUUUUUAAUUAGAGUUCUUUAACUUAUUUGAUACUGGCUUAACUAAUGACACGUGGAAUGUAUUGUGGCCUGAUCUAACUGAUUCUGCCAGCAACAUGCAGAUUUAUAGAUCUAUGUAUUAUUCCUCUGGGACUAGAAUCAGGGGUUCUCAACCUUGGCAACUUUAAGACUUGUGGACUUUGCUGGCUGAGGAAUUCUGGGAGUUGAAGUCCACAAGUCUUAAAGUUGCCAAGGUUGAGAACCCCUGGCCUAGAUUAAUAAGAAGCCAACUAGACAGUAUCACUCAGGCUGUCUGAGAGGCUAAAAUGUCUUUCCAUUCAUAAAGAUACAAAAGUCUUCUGAGUCACAGUCAAUGCUAGAGUUCUUUCCAUAAAUUUAUUUCAUUAGGAGCAGAAAUUAUUGAGCAAUCCCCUAACCUGUUUUUUUCAUAACUUAUGACAUUCCAUUGUUAACAAAUAAAAUUUGGGGAAUACCAGGCUUUUUCAGAACCUGAAAUACUGUAUGUCAAAAAUAAAAUUGUCACAGAAUGGAGUAUUUUUCCCAAAGCAUUUCCUUUUUCCCUGCCAUCAGUUUUCCAGUGCCUUUAGAGUACUAGAAUCCCUUAAUCUUUCAACUUUUGAACAAAAUAACGUCACACGUUGGAUUUAGUUCUGAAUUGUUUUGUGCCCAGACUCCAUGGAUUAAAAUAUAAUGGUGGCAAGGAUGGCAAAAUUCAAAGUAUUAUGAAAAAUAGCUGAAAAAUUAAAUUUGAAUAUUGAGAAAAAUUUGUGGUCCAUUUACAGGAGCAGUAAAAGUUCAACUAUAUGACUAAGAAUUGUUUCAUCCUGUCAAUGUGCCUAAUAUUUUACUAAAUUAAUUGAAGCUAGGCUGAAUCAUAUCCAUUGACAAAGAAUGCCAUAUGCCUUGGAGAAUAUUAUUUUCCAUGUCUUUUGAAAUACUAAGAGUUCUGGGACAACUAGAGCUGGUCCACAUAUCGCUACACUAUAUAGUUAUAAAAAAGCUUUUUCCCCCCAUUUUUUUCCACAGAAUUGAACUUACUUUGAAUUGCCACUGCAAUUCACUGAGAUUUUCAGUGAAUUUUUUCUUUACUAUAGAUAGUCCUCGACUUAUGACCACAAUUGAAACCAAAAUUUCUGUUAACUGAGACAUUUCUGAAGUGAAUUUUGCCCUAUUUUAUGACCUCUCUUGCCACAGUUGUUAAGUGAA